GAAUCUGGACACCUUCUCAUUUUUGAGCACAACACCCCCGCAGACAGACACACACGGCCAGGCCGUUGCUUCCCGCGCCCCUCCGUCCAUCCAUGUGCGCGUUCCCAAAUGGAGGCAGAGGUGCUGAACCCCCGGAGGACGGCCGCCGACGUAAACGGCAACAGCAGCAUCUCCGGCGCGGAGCUGGAGGUGCUGAAGCUCCAGGAGCUGGUCCGCAAAUUGGAGAAGCAGAACGAACAAUUGCGGAGCCGCGCGAACGCCGUAAACAAUUGUCCCGUCGGCCCCCGCUUCCAGACGCCGCCGCCGUUGUGUCUGCUGCGCGCGGCCGCGGCGGACGAGCCGUUCGCCUAUUUCCAGCCGAGCUCGGAACCCGCAGACGCCGCGGAGGACGGAGGCGCCACCGCCGGGGCUGCGGAGACGCUUUGGGAUGAGCUGGAAGUGUUGGACCUCCAGAAGCUGCCAGUCGGAGAGCCGGACAGCUGGUUGUAUGUGAGUCCUAAAGCUAAGAUGCAGAGUGAAAGUGCCCUAAGUCCUCUCCAGUGGUGCAGGCAGGUCCUGGACCACCCUGGGCCUGAAGUGGAACUAGCAAAGAUGACUUUCUGCCACAGACUGGAUCAAGCGAGGCGGAGCCGAGGACUCUCCUCCAUCCGUCCCUACAGCUGCAUUGAGGGGCUCUCCUCCCUCAGCUUCCCCAACCUGCCUUACACUAAACCUGCUGCACUAACUGAGACCCCAGCCCCUCUGUUGUCGUCUGGCCAAUCAUUUCUCCAGCCGACUGUCCUCUCUAGAAGCAGCUGCAGCCUCAGUGACAGAGCGCCCACCUUCUUAUCAAGCUCCACACCUCACAACACGGGGCGGCGGCAUGCCGCCAUCACGCCUCAGUCUUCCCUGGACAGUGAAGCGGGUGUGUCAGAGCUGGAGGACGAGUCGAUCUCGAUGAGCUACAAGCUGCAGGACAUGACUGACGUGGAGGUCAUGGCUCGUCUACAGGAAGAGAGUCUUCGACAAGACUUUGCCUCUACCUCCUCUACCGCCCCAUCCAGCCGCCGCAGAUCCAGCUUCUCCUUACAGUCCCUCAGGCGUCACGAUUUGGACCUGGAAGAGGAGGAUGAAGAGGAUGAGAGCUACGACCAGCUCCCUCCGCCUCAGCCUCGACUCUUUCGCACAGGGUCUAUGCAGCGGGUCAGCCUGCCCCAUUCUCACACCUUCUCCAGCAUCAGAGACUGCAGACGCAUUUCUGCCACUCCUCAUUAUUCGCACAGUGGGCUCUCUCAGUUCUCUGGACCCUCCAGUCUGAUUACAGAAGCACACACAGCAUACAGAAGCAGCACAGACAAGCUACGGAGAAGCAUGCCCAACCUGAUGCGAGCUCCCAGCAUGCCAAGUGUUCCCAGUAUUCCCUGCGUGGCCUCCCCUUCCACCCCGCCCUCCCACGGCCCCUCCUCUUUACCAGCGAUGCCCUCCAUGCGGAGCAGCCAGAGCUUUGACUCCUCCAGCGGCUUCGCACGUCUCCAGUCCUCCAUUCCGCCUCCAGGCCCGCUCAGCCAGCGAGUCCAGAGUGUGGGGAACUUCCCCACCGCUCCACGGCACCCUUUGAAAGCCACGGCUUACGUCAGCCCCACCGUGCAGCAGGGGCCCGCCCCCACCUGCCUGUCCUCCUCCAGCAGCUUCAACUGCAUCAGCAGCGCCACCGCCACGAGUCACCCCCUCAAACCCGGCAGCAGCUUGCUCCCACAGCCGAUGAAGGGCAGCUUCAUCCAGUCCUCCGCCCCCCGCAGUUCCCUCCCCCGCCCAGCCUCUUUCAUCGCAGGUGCACCUCCACGUGCGAGUAAAAUCUCACAGCCCACUCGGAGUUUGCUGACUCCUCCAAAGAGCCUGGCUGCCCUGAGCGCCCUGAGGGACGGCAGCUGGAAAGAUGGAUGCUACUGAGCCCAGACCAGCCACAGUGUGAGGACACUGCAGGGGAUCGCACGGACUUUAAUGUUGCUGCCAGGAAAGCCCGGAGAGAAAAAAAAAGACUGUUAUUGAAAUGAAGGGAAGUUUCCUUUACUGAAGGACGAAGAACUGAGGUCCAGCUGGCUGGAUCUGCACCAUCCUGUUUGUAACUAAGAUCAACGCAAAAUGACAACUGGCAAUACUUUCAUAAUCAUUUUCUAAAUUUGAAAUAGGUUCUCUGGAAUGUUUUUUUUCUGUUGUUGUUGUUUCAUCAUUGUGAAUGCAAUUUAAUUAAGUGACAUAUAAAAUAAAUCUCGUAAUAAAAGUUUGUAAAAACAGACAUUGCUUUUGCAUAUGCUUUCAAUUAUUCCAUCUGCUGACUGUUUUUUCUUUUUCUUCAUUUUUUCUGCUGAAUUCUGAUGUUGAAUGUGAGGUUAACCUGAAACAGGAAGUGGGAUUUCACCUGAGCCUGAGUUAAACUUUGCAGCACUUUGGGUUGAAAUGUAAAGAAAUGCAUUCAAGAUCUGCUUUGUUUGUUCCGACAAGGAUGCUAAAGAAAACGAUAUCAUAUGUAUAGUUUCCUUCAAUUUGUAACGUUCUUUUGAGCAACAUAACAGCUGCAGUCAAAUUGCAAACAGCCUCACGCAUUUCAUGGAUGAUAGGAAAGUUAAAGAGACAAUAUUUUUCAAACCAAUAAAGCUUUUCAGAGCA